UGAACCAGUGACAGUUCCGUGUGGUUUUGUGUAUUGAGUGCAGUUUUCGUCCGCAGAAACUACGUAAUUAGAUGAAACUAAAUUCCCGGAGGGAGCCUCGAAUUAACUCAAAGUGCCGGCAAUAUGAAAAGUGUCGAGAAAAACACACCUACGUCGCCGAAAGUCGGCAAAAAUCAGAGUGGAAAGAAGUUAGUGCAGGCAAGGCUUCCGUUCAAGGUGAUUUCGUCGACGGCGACGGGACCUGGGACCCCGCCAUCCAUCACCAAGGCGGUGUCAUCGAACGAGAGCAUUGAGAAAAAGAAGAAUGACACCCCGAAGGGCGGGAAUAUGCCCAAGAAAAGAAAACUUUCGUAUAGUGACGAUAGCGAUAUCAGAGGUCCGAAGAAGGUAGCCUGCAAGGAUGUGGAGAGCGAUUCGAAGGAGAACGAGGUCGUUGUCCUGUCCGAUGAUGAGGACAAGGGAGCUGGUCAUGAUGGGGAGCAGAAAUCGAUGACUAUUUCUACCUGCGAGAGCUUGAAUCCAUUUGUGCGCUUGGAAAACAUCGAUGUGAUGAUCAACAGCCUCAAGAACGAUCGCACGGGGAGGAUUAUCCUGUCGCCACGGACCCCGAAGCAACAAAAGAAAAACGUUCCCAAGGUAAAUGGAGAAACACCAAAAAAUUCUAGCAAAUUCCUCAUAAAAUUGCCACUAACUUCUCAAAAAAAGAAACGAAAACAAAUUCAAAACGAUGAUGCAUGCGAUAGUGGAAGUGACUUAGAAAUUAUUGAAUCAAAUCCAGAAAAGAAACUCAAAUCUAAUGAUGGUUCCGAGGUGGCCAAAUUCGAUAAAGAAAAAUCGAAAAAACUUGACAAAAGUUUGGAAAACAAAAGCAGUGCCAAAGGAGCGGAUAACAACGGGGUGAACUCCCCGAAACCAAUGGGUAAUGCGAACAUGUUGGAAAAAAUGUUGUACAAAAAGUCAAGCGAAAAUGAUUCGGAAGAAAAGUCCUCAAAAAAUGAUGACACCGAGUUAAAUAAAUCAGUGCCAGAGGUUGAUGAGGUUAUAGAUUUGGAUGAAGAGGAAGCUGCCAAAAAUAGUGCCGGAGACAAGGAGGGGUCGAAGGACGAGGCUGACGAGCUGAGCGACAAAUCAAAUAAUGGAAAGGAUGAAAGUUCUGGCGAAAAUUUAACCGAAUGCAGUGAAAAAGUGAGUAAGGAUGACGAACCUGCAGAGAGCAAGCAAGAAGAAACACCUAAAAAAGAAAUAACUGAGGAUAUUCACGAAGAUAUUGAAAGUUCGAAGAAAUCUCGUAGAACACUUGAAAGAAAAGCACGUAGUCCUCCGGUGGCCAAAGAAGAUCAGAACAAAGAAUCUGAAUCAGAAAUUAAAGCUGCGUCAGACGCUGAGAAAGUAGCAAAUAAGGAAGAGCAGAAUGAAAAUCGCAAUUCAAUUUCCUUUAGUGACAGUGAUGAUUCUGGUGCAUCUAAAUCCGGAUCUGGCAAAGAAAAGGAUUCAGAUAAAGAUAAGGAUUCCAAGGAUUCUAACUGCCACACGCCGCGACAGAGAAAAUCGCUACCGUCCGUUGGGUCUGAAAAGAAAAGUCUUGAAAAACAAAAAGCAAAGGAAGAACGCGAACGCAAAAUUCAAGAGGAGAAGCUUCAAAGACAACGAGAAAAAGAUGAGAAGGAACGUCAGCGUAAAAAAGAGAAAGAAGAAAAAGAGGAGCAGAGGCGAAAAGAACGAGAAGAAAAAGAGGAACAACGUCGAAAGGAGCGUGAAGAGAAAGAAGAACAACGCCGAAAAGAAAAAGAGGAAAAAGAAGAGCAAAAGCGAAAAGAAAAGGAAGAAAAGGAGAAGAAACGUCUGGCCGAGCUUGAAAUGAAAAACGAAGAGCGUCGCAAAAAAGAAGAAGCAAAAGAGGAGGAACGCCGUAAGAAAGAAGACGAGCGACGAAAAAAGGAGCUCGAAAAGGAAGAAGCGGAGAACAAGAAAAAGAAAGCAGCCGAAGCUUUCACGAAGUUUUUCAUUUCGGCGAAACCGGUUGAAAAGUCCGAUGAUCGUUUGUCAGUGGACUCAGACGUUCAUCCUGUUCAAACCAACUUUAUGCCGUUCCGUGUCAAAGAUCAUAUGAAACUGGCACCUCUGCAUCGGAAAAUGUUAGCAAGGAAUGAAAAGGAAACUCUCGAACAAAUUUUAGAAAAGGAUGAAGUCGAGUCUAAGGAGAAUCUCUAUCUAGGCUGCUUGAAGUCUGGUAAAAUCACACCAGGAAAGGAUACAAGGACACUGGGUGUGGAGGACGAUAGCAGUGACGAAGUUGUCAUUGUUGAGGAUGAGUUAAAAGACGCUGGUCUCGAAAUAGAUGAUGAGAAAAAAACCGUUCAGAAGUUUCGCGCUAAAUAUUUCUUAUUUCACGAGAAUGUUCGACCACCAUAUCGAGGUACUUGGAGGAAGAAAAGUGCAGUCGUCGGCCCGAGAAGGCCCUUCGCUACGGACAAGGAUACCUUCGAUUACGAGGUCGACUCAGAUGACGAAUGGGAAGAAGAGGAGCCGGGCGAGUCGUUGGAGAAAGAGUCUGAAGAUGAAAAGGAAUCAGAAGAUGAGUAUGAAGUUGACAAUGACUUUUUCGUUCCUCAUGGGCAUCUUAGUGAUGAAGAGCUUCAAAACGAAGACGAACUAGAGGAGGACAACAGCCCAGAGACUCAAAAAGCUAAGCUUAAAAUCCUGCAACAACAAUUUGCACAAGAAAUGAAAAAGAAAACGGAAAAGAUUAAGCCUCGUUUGGUAGGCGUUGUGUGGGCCGACGAGAAUGGAAACCAGCCUGAAUCAUGUCCGAGUAUUGUCUGGCAAUCGUUACUGAAACGUGCAAUGAUCUUUACAAAUCCUAUUAUCCUGACGGAGCCGGAACCUUCGCCGAAUGACUCUGCCACCACUGUACAAAAGGAAAAGGUGAAAGUCAAACUCCCGGAGGAUCUGAUAUGUGAUCUAAUACGCCUUGUUCAUGCCAAUCGACACAGUAAAAAGUUUUUGAUUCGCGAGUUUCAAGCCUAUUUGACUGAAAAAUUUGGAAAAGAUGAAUCCUUUCCAAACUAUUCGAAGACGACGAUUCAAAAAAAGAUCGAAAAACUAGCGAAGUGGAUUUUGGUUGAAGAUGAGGUGCGAAAGAAGAAAAAACUAUGCUGGAUGGUUAGCGAAGAGAUGUUGAAGCGUUAUGGGUUGGAAAGUAUGGACCGAAAGAACAAAUGGAAAUACGUCUUGCAACCGCAGUCACAUGCAAUUGAACCUGUCGUGAACCAGGAUGAGGAAUCUGUGCAUGAAGAGGUCGCAGAAGUGACUGAUCCAAAGGUGAAAACCCCCGCUGUAAUAACGAAAUUCACUAAGAUAUUGUCCGAUUUAGAGAAGGCCAAGCAAUUUGAUAAAGUGACUACUCCUGCGUCGACAGAAAAGAAGGCUCCUUCCGAAUCAAACAACUCCCGCGUGCCACCAACUGCUCCAUCGAAAGACUCAACAAAAGAACCAACGGUUCCCGCUCCUAAGCCUGCAAAUAACUCCACAACUAAGAAACGAGUCCCGCUCUUGAUGUCAGUGCCUCGAGGCCAGAAGGUAAAUGAGAGCACAAAGAAAGAUUUGAUUAGUAAAUUUUUGAAGAAAGACCCAAAGGACGAAAAAACAAAAUCAGAAAACUCCACUACAUCGCAAGCAAACUCAGACAAGGAGUCCACCGAAAAAACCACUAAAACGACCACAACUCCUAAGAAAAAGCCAAACUCAGACAGAGUUAUCGAAGUUUUUUCAUCUCCCGAAAGUGAAAAAUCGUUAUCCUCAACACCCAAACCUGUAACAGCAGCGACAAGUUCCCCGCAGCAAGCAACGCCGAAAGUCAAAAAGCGAGUUCCACUCCUUAUUUCAGUUGCACGAGGCGAAAAAAUAUCAGAAAGUCAGAAGAAAGAUUUAGUCAAUAAUUUCCUGAAGAAAAAUCAAACAGAUGUGGCGAAGGAUUCGAAUAAAAGCACGGAAAAGUCUGAUGAUUCCAAACCAGUUUCCAGUGGAGAUGGAAAAACCGCGAACACCGAUGCAGUGGUGUCUAUGGAGGUCGAUCCACCCUCGGAGGUAGUAGAAAUAAUUGAUUAGCCGAAGAAUUGUUGGAAGAACCUUGUUCAGUGUUAGAGUUUCAUCCGCGGUCAUAUUCGUUCAGCGUAGAUCAAGGAAUAGCCUGGAAGCUAUUCUGGUUAUGUAGAAAGGGACAUUUUCAACGGACCACAUGUCUGGGCUGCAGAUGUCAUCAUGUCCGCGUUACUAUUUUAUAUUCGUAUGUGUGCUAGGGGAUACCGUUCUUCUCUCAUCUGAUUCGCUUUAUUUUAAGCCAUAGAGUUGUAAAUUGUUCGUUUACUUAUUAGGAAAUGAAUUACGUCUAAGUUACACAAUAUAACGUAAAGUUAAUAUUAUUUUUAUUUAAAUGUGGUAGAAGAUGGAUGCUAGUAAGUAGUUUGUAUUACAAAUAAAAAAAAAUGAUAUUUUAUUGGA